GGAAAUUUAAAAAGGUAACAACUGCUUCCAAAAGAAAAACUCAGUUGUGUGUCAAAGCAUAUUUUCAUUAUCACUUCCAUCUUCAGUUGAAAAUGCUAGGUUUAUGGAAGCUAUUUAUGUGGAAAAGAGCCCAGCUGAAGAAAGUUGCAGAAAUUAAUAUAAUAAACUGUUUGAGAAAAACUGGAAGAUGGGCUAUUUACACAUGGAAGAGGAAUGGACAGCUUCAACAAGAAGAAGAUUACAAAAACCUUGUAACCCUUCAGUGCAGAAAUUUUCACUUAUUGCAUCAUAAUUUGAUUAAAUGGAUUAUGUUGGUUAAACAUAAAAAGUAUAAGAAAAUCAAAAGUGAAGAAUAUGUAAAAAAAAACAUAGUUUGUUUAAAAAGAGCAUUGUUAAAAAGAAUAUUCAGUUUCUGGAGUGGCCGCUCCAAAUCUGUUGUAUUGGACAAACAACAAACUGUGUGUGCUAAGAAGCAUCAUAAUGUAGUUGUGAAAAAGAGAACAUUUUUUAGGUGGAAAGUCUUCUACUGCAUACAGUUACACUGCAGGCUUUUGAGAAGACGAAGUACAAAUUUUGAUAUCAUACAACAUCAGAAAAUAUGUUGGGCUAUGUGGAGAGAGGCCUAUGUUGAAACAAAAGAUUUGAAAAAAAAGAACAAAAAUGCUCUCUGGUUUUGGAGUUUCAAUCUAAAAUACAAGAGCCUCGACCAUUGGCAAUUUUACUUCAAUGAAAGACGAAAAAAAAAAAAAUAGUUACGAAGAAGCCUUGAUAAUUCGACGUCAGCUUCUCCUUGAAGAAGGAGUGGUUUUCUUUCUCUCAGUCAGUUCAUAUGUCACACAGAAGAUGCAAAGUCUUGCUUUGGGAAGAGAACUGCUGAGUCCAAAGAUAAAAAUUGUGAACAAGUAUGCUCAGCUGUGGAAGUAUAAAGUAUUGUAUCAGAAGUCAAUCAGAAACCUGACUGCUGAGGAGGUUAAGCAAAGAGAAGGUAGACAGAGUUUCUGCAACUCAGUACAACCAAAAAUGAGAAAGCUUUCACCCUCUGUGGUAAAUAAGUUUCAAAAACUCUUGCCAAACUCAACAAAUAUUCGAUUGAAACCAAGGUUGCCUUCUUGUCUACACAGUGAUGUACAUGAUCUGGAAUUGCACUGGACCUGUCAUGGAAAUUCAUAUGAAAAAAGUAAUACUGAAGACUUGUUCAUCCAAAGAAAAAGUCCUAAACAUUCACCUACUUUAACUCAGAACAUUAAUUCAGAUGAGUUGACUGAGUUAAAGCAGAGCUUGGAAAUGGUUAGGAAGAAAUCACAGUACUACAUGUCACAAAAGAACAGAUUAAGAUAUCUUGAGGACAUACAGAAAGAGCUAUUGAACUGGUUACUGCUAAACAAGUGUAGUGAAGAAACCAAUCAGGACAUGAUAUCAAGUGUUCAAGAGGAACUGAUACAGAUUCAGGAUGAAACUGGUCAAAUUCAUCAGCAUCUGAGUCAUACAAAAUCAAAGCUCUUGAAGCUGAGGAGUACUUUGAACAAGUUACAAGGAUAUCUCAGAUUGUUCUAGAUCUAAAAUGGUUAACUUCAGAUGAAAAACAGCAUUAUUUUGACUGAUUUUUCCUGUAAUGAUUACCACCUGAUAUUUAACUUUAUUUACCAGCCGUAAGGAUAGUGAAUGUCUCAAUUGUUAUUGUGUAUUUUUUAUAAGUACAGAAACAAUAUUUAUUUGUUAUAUAUUGGAUCUUCUGAACCAAUACUAAUAGCUAAAAGUAUAUCUUCUGUAACAGUAAGUGAACCAAGUCAUUUAUUCCACAUAUCUUAAAAUAACAGUAUAUCUUCUAUACCACUUUCAGUCAAACACUAGCAUGUCUUCAAUACCAGUUAACAUAAGGCAGCUGUUUUGUUUUUUAUAUAAAUAUUAAUAAAUAGAAGACC